CUUGUGAAACUCUUACGUUUUAAGCAGGAAGUAGGUUUUCACAGACGAACUUUACUUCUCAUUCAUUGGACAAUGAAGGGGAACUAGUCAGAUGGUUUGUUGUUAGCUUGACUAUGCGAGUCCCAAUAGAAAAACGUAUUAUUUAGGAAAACAAAUGCACAAUUUAUGUAUUAGUCGCUACUCUAAGGUCUUCGUGGGGUUACUAUUUAUAGAUGUUUAUUUGCAACCGCAGUGAUUAUUUCUCCCCUCGGUUUGCAGUAUAAAAUGUAGCUAGGCGGCAUUAGCAAAGUGAAUGGACUGUAAAGCUCUGUGAAGCUAAAGCUGCUAACAACAGACCUAAUCAGUCUCUCUGAGGUUGACGCAGAUAAAGUUCAUGGUUUAAUACAACAAGACUAGUCCACUCUCCGAACUGGUGAGACUGUGGAGAAGACAGCAUCAGUGGAUACUUCCUCUAAGCCUCGUAAUCCAGCCGAGGGCCGAGAGACUGAGGAAUGGACCCAGAAACUGACCAAGGUGUCUCGAAUUAUUUUCUCAGUUCUCCUUUUUGUAUCGGGUGGUGAUUUUUGUCCGAUUCCAGUUUGAGGCAGCAAAAAGGGAUGCGAAUGAAACCCUAAUUUACUAUAACACGUGAAGGCUGAAAACAAGCAUUGUGAAAAGGAGAAUCCCAGGUGGAGCGAUGAUGACUGAGAUGAUGAAGGUUGAAGCUGAUGAACCUGGAGGGUUCGGCUUGGAAGCCCCCAUGGCUGCAGGAUCCACAUCAGAACCGGAGGAGGAAACACAAGACAGCAAAGAUCUAAACCUUCAGAUUGUGGUGGUUAAAGAAGAACAUUGUGAAUCGUGGAGCUCCAGCUCCAACCAGCAUGACCCUGAGCCCCCCCAAGUAAAGGAGGAAGAAGAGGAACUGUGGAUCAGUCAGGAGGAAGAGCAGCUUAUUGUGAAGACUGAAGAUGAAGAGAAACCUCAGUUAUCAGAGCUUCAUCAAAUGAAAACUGAAGGCAACACAGAGACUGAAGGUCUGAGCAGCAGCUCAGCUGAACAGAAGGAAACAGAACCUGAUGGAGUCGACUGUGGAGGAUCAGAACCAGACAGGAACCAAGAUCCACAGUGUUCUUCCAAACAAAUUAAGACGACUGUUCACAAAAGAGUUUGCUGUAGAAGAUGAAAUCAGCAAUUAGCAAGGUGAAUGGACUUUCAGCUAAAGCAGCGAACCGCAGAGAUUAAAUAAGCGACGUCCAUCCUUCGACUUUGUGAGGCUGUGGACACCUCCUUGUCCAGAGUGGACCCAGAACUACUGACCAAGGAAACAGAAAAACAAAAGAUACAGGUUACAUGACUGUAACCAUAACCUAUUCGAACAUGUAAAGCUUGCAAACAAGAAUGUUUGAAAGAAGAAUGGGAUAAGGAUGUCUGAAAUGAUGAAGGUGGAAGCAGAUGAACCUGGAGGGUUCAGCUUGGAUCCCCGCAUACCUGCAGCAUCCACAUCAGAACUGGAGGAGGAAUCACAAGACCGCAAAGAUCUCAUCCAUCAGAUGUUUGUGAUUAAAGAGGUUCCUCUUGACUGGAAUGCCAGUUUGAAGCAGCAGGAUCCAGAGUCGCCUUCUGUAAAGGAUGAAGAGGAGGAACUGUGGAUCAGACAGAAGGAAGAGCUGCUUACCGUAAAGGUUGAAGAUGAAGAGGAAACUCAGUUAUCAGAACUUCACCAAAUAAAAACUGAAGAUAGCAGACAGACUGAAGCCCCAACCAACAGCUCAGCUGACCAGAUGGGACAGACACAGCAUGAAAACAAGAACUUCAGAGGACAGGAACCAAACAGAGAUCCAGUUGCUGUUUGUUGCUCUUCCCAACAAAGUAAGAUGACACCUAAGCUUUGUUCAAAGCUUACUGUUCAGAUUGGGGAAAAGCCAUUUUGUUGCAGUCUUUGUGGCAAAGGUUUUAAACGCAAGACAUCAGCUAAAUUACACAUAAUGACUCACAUUAGAGUAAGAGAACAUAGCUGUGAUCUUUGUGGUAAAGAAUUUAAAGAAAAGGUUUCUCUUCAGACUCAUAUGAGUGUCCACAGUGGAGACAGACCUUUUGCCUGCGACGUUUGUUGUAAAAAGUUUCAUACAAAGAAACAUCUUAAAGCUCAUAUGAAGCUCCAUGUAGAAGAAAAACAUUUUACUUGUGAUGUUUGCAACAAUAGAUUUAAGGUUAAGGAGAGUCUUAAAAAACACAUGAGGAGCCACACCUCAGAGAAACCAUUUGUUUGUAGUAUUUGUAGUAAAAGAUUUUCUCAACAGGAUCAUCUAAAGAGACACAUGGGUGUUCACACGGGAGAAAAACCAUUUAUUUGUAGUAUUUGCAGUAAAGGAUUUACACAACAAGUCAAUCUAAAAAGUCACAUGUGUGUUCAUGCAACAGAGAAACCGUUUAUUUGUACAGUUUGUAGUAAAGGGUUCUCACAAAAAGAAAGUUUAAAGAGCCACAUGCAUAUUCACACAGGACAGAGACCGUUUAUUUGUAGUGCUUGUGGUAAAGGAUUUUUACGGCAAAGAAAUUUAAAGAGUCACAUGAAUGUUCACACUGGUGAGAAACCGUUUGUUUGUGGUGUUUGUAAUAAAGGAUUUGCUAUUCAAAAGAAUGUAGAAAGACACAUGCGUGUUCACACAGGUGAGAAACCAUUUGUUUGUAAUGUUUGCAGUAAAGAAUUUUCACUACAAGGGAAUCUAAAGAGACAUAUGCACGUUCACACAGGAGAGAAACCAUUUAUUUGUUGUAUUUGCAGUAAAGGAUUUCCACAAAAAGACACUUUAAAGAGUCACAUGCGCGUUCACACUGGAGAGAAACCAUUUAUUUGUGGUGUUUGUGGUAAAGGAUUUUCAUUACGAAAGAACUUACUGAGACACAUGACUGUUCACACGGGUGAAAAACCAUUUGUUUGUAAUGUUUGUAAUGAAGGGUUUUCUCUGAAAAUUCAUCUGAAAAGUCACAUGCAUAUUCAUGCAUAACUGCCUAUUUUAGAAGUUCAAAUACACCUUAAUAUGCAUUAAUUCACUCACUGGAAACCAUUUUAGCAAUACCACAGAAGCUAACUUUGCCAGUCUUCCUUAUUUGUGCUCGUGGGUGUACAGCCAAUUAGCAACAAGGAAAACGAAUGCAGAACAACUGACUAAUUGUUUUGUUAGCUAACUACUAUACAAACCAUCAAAUGUAUUAAUAGUCUAUAUUAGCCACUCUCAGUACAACUUUCCCAGUUCGGAAAAGUUGGAAGGUUUUGGUUGGUAAAUGGUGCUUUAGGUUCAAUCGUUGAAGUGGUAUGGGUGGUAUUGUGGUAUAAAACGUCAGUUAUUGGUUUCAUGUUGUCACAUUCAUCAUUAUUUAAGACAUUUUGGCAAUGUCCAACCAAUGAGAACUGUUUAGAACCUAAUCAUCUCAAUGCCAACUCAAACGGUUAAUCCUAGUUUCAAAUGGUCCACCUCUCUAGCAAAGCUCUUCUCAGAAACUAACAGCUGUGGUUUGUAGCUUUAUAUCAGCAUAAUAAAUUUACAUGACUACAAGACAGUGCACUUUUCUUUGUUAAAAUCAGCUCUUCAACAAGCUCCAGUCAUUAAGAUGCUUCAUUGAUGCUUCAUAAUACUGUCUCUUCGAAAUGAUCUAAAAUGUUCCGAAUCAGACAAAAUGAAAGGUGGAUACCAGAUACUAUUACACUUAUUACUUCCUGCUAAUAGUUAUUUACGUCAGCUGUAUUUUUCAUUCUAGUCUUUAUUAAAAAUAGAAAAUGUUCAUGCAAUCUGGUAGAAACAUGCUGUAAUUAAAGGGGUGCUGUUGUGUGAAAUAUGUUAAAACUAAUCUAAUAAAAGCGCGUCAAAGCC